AUGCCGCCGAACAACAAGAAAAAGAAGAAGCCCGCCUCCAAUCCGGCCCGGGGCUUUGCGACAGUCUCUAUGCCAUCCAAGGCUAAACUGGAGCCAACACCAAUCCCAUCUCCAGCGACUGGAGAGGCAAAAGCUACUUCGGAAACCGAGCCGCAAGUUGAACGCACAGAAGAGCGCACCGCAGACGCCGGCGCACCACAACCGACGUCCUCUUUGCAAAACUAUACACCAGAGGAACUGGAGAAGCAUCUUGAAGAAGCAGAACUCCAGAUCUUGGUCGACAAAUAUGCCGCCAAGUGCAAGAACGACGCAGCAAGACAAGCUACCAAGUUGGACAACGAACGCCGUUUAUUCCGACAGCAAUCGGUCACAUUGAGCCUUUUGGAGUGGCUUCCGACGGAGAUCCAAGACAGAAUCUUUGAACUUUCUGGUACUGAAGAGCAUGAAUAUCUCGCAACAGCUGGACGGCCUAGUUCAAAACAGGUUGGCUCUGAGGAGGAGUUAUACAACAAACUCUGGACAUUGAAAGAGACAUUACUCAAACUUGAGUUUCCUGAAUAUCGCGUCGAGGAUGCAUUGAGGCAUGUUCUACAAUACUUUGCAGGCAACUCGACCAGCGCCGGUCGGGACGCUGUAUGGAACCUUGACGAAGCGUUAGAGUGGUUGGCUACACAUAGUAAUAAGCAAGAGCUACCUCCAUAUGCGCAGACAAAUGGUCGCCAACAAAAAGACGCAGAUCUUGUCACUUCAUGGAUGACAGAAUCGAAAUCUUCUGAGUCAUCGACACCUACGAAAUCUCAAGGCAAAAAGGGAAACAAAAAAGCUGACUGGAAAGCGGAAAAGGUUGCCCCGCCUGUUUCAUACGACUCGGACAGCUCAGUUGACCCAGAUGACAUGGUUCACGAAUGGCUGGAGCUGCAGACCCGACUCUACACCCUUGAUCCAGAUCUUUUUGAUCGACCUGCAAAGGGAAAGAAAGGCCGGGGUGCUGCCAGUACAUCGAACGAUCCAGAAGCUGCCAAGGCUCAACGGAAAAUCGCCAAGAUUGAACGAGAUGUUCUUUUCGAGCGCCGAGAAGCGGAGUAUAUUUGGGAACAAAAGCUUGACGAGCUAAGAAAAGACGCAACAUUCGUGCGGCGCCCGGUGGAUAGGAAGAAAAAGAAUGCCCCGACCGAGGAAGAAGCCCAGCCGAAACCUGAGAUUACAGAAGAGAUUGACCCAUCGCUUCUUGAGAUCGAUGGAAUGGCAGAUGCUCUUGGUGAUAUGUUUCAGGCCGAUACCGAGGAACCGGGGUCUAUUUUGGGGCUUCCAGCUCCAGAGGUUCAAACCUCUUCAUUCACGUUACGUGACUUUGGAAAAUCGACAGGCCUUAGUCCACGUCGGGUGUUAGAAGAAACUUGUAAAUCAAGAGACUCCUCUUGUGUGGUUGUCUAUCAAGACUUCUCAUCGUCCAGCCAUUCAAACAGAAAAGCUCUUGAGGUGCGAUGGUCGAAGCCUCAAGAGGCCCCGUUCUCGCUAACGGUGGACUCAAUUACGCACAAGUCUAACGCAUUGGCUACCUUUGUAUCCAUGGAUUCUCUUGUGACACCAGAUGCACAGCAGGCCGAGAACUAUGUAUCGACUCUAGCUCUGUUCAUUCUGUUCCCCCAGAACUCCAAGGAAGGAAAAGCAUACCUGCGUCUACCAGCGGUUUGGAGAGAUCUUUGGACCGAGUUUGCCACACUUCAAAAGACUCAACAAGAUGAAAUCGACAAGGCUACCAUCAAAGAUCUAAAGCGUCUGAUCCAAGAAAACCCAGGCACAUUCGAAGAUGAUGUUGUGCUGUCCGACAACUUCCGUAAGCGAAACGGCAACGGGAGCAAGCCGGGGACACCGGUCAAGGGCUUCGGACGCGAUAACUACAACAUCAACGACCGCUUAAAGGAAGCCUGGAUUGCAAAGUCCUCGACGCCCUCGUAUCACCGCAUGGCGCAAGGUAGAAUGAAUCUUCCAAUCUGGGGUUUCAAGGAUGAAAUUUUGCACACACUCGAUGAUCACCGUGUUCUCAUCAUUUGCAGUGAGACGGGUAGUGGAAAGAGUACUCAGAUUCCGGCUUUCAUCCUUGAGCAUGAAAUGAUUCAAGGCCGACCCUGCAAGAUCUAUGUGACCGAGCCUCGUCGUAUCUCUGCGAUUUCACUUGCUAGACGUGUCAGUGAAGAGCUCGGAGAAAGCAAAAAUGACGUGGGCACCAACAGGUCAUUGAUCGGUUUUGCAGUGCGGUUGGAGAGCAAGUUCACCCAAUCCACGCCAUUGAUAUAUGCAACUACGGGAGUAGUGGUUCGGAUGCUCGAGCGUCCUGAAGACUUCCAAGAUAUCACUCAUGUCGUUCUUGACGAGGUCCACGAACGCACUAUUGACAGCGAUUUCCUUCUAAUCGUGCUCCGAAGACUCAUGCAGAAGCGGCCUGAUCUGAAGCUCAUACUCAUGUCUGCCACCGUGGACGCACAGCGAUUCUCGACAUAUCUCGGUGGUGUGCCGGUUCUCAACAUCCCGGGGCGAACCUUCCCCGUGGAAAUGAAGUAUCUAGAAGAUGCAGUCGAAAUGACGAAUUACCGACUGUCGGAGGAUGAUCAGCACACAGUCCUCGACGAUGAUAUGGAUGAUCCGCCCACGGAUGCCGACACAACAGGCGGUCUCCAAGCCAGUCUCGAGGGGUAUUCUCGACAAACCAAGGAGACUAUCAUCAACAUCGACGAGUACAGAUUGGACUACGAGUUGAUCAAGAGGCUGCUUAUCAAGAUCGCUACGGCCCCGGAAAUGACUGACUAUAGCAAGGCGAUUCUGGUCUUCAUGCCAGGACUGGCGGAGAUACGUCGCUUGAAUGAUGAGAUUCUCUCAGAGCCAAUGUUCCAAAGAAAUUGGAUUGUGCAUGCCCUUCACUCGUCCAUUGCCAGCGAGGACCAAGAGAAGGCUUUCAACGUACCUCCAGAAGGUACAAGAAAGAUCGUGAUUGCAACCAACAUUGCAGAAACAGGUAUCACCAUCCCAGAUAUAACGGCCGUGAUUGACACAGGCAAAGAGAAGAUGAUGCGUUUCGAUGAGAGACGUCAGUUAUCCCGCCUCGUCGAGUCGUUUAUCUCGCGCGCAAACGCCAAGCAGCGUCGUGGUCGUGCCGGUCGUGUGCAGAAUGGUAUCUGCUUCCAUCUGUUCACCAAGCACCGGCAUGAAAAACUACUCGCAGAACAGCAAACACCGGAGCUACUCCGACUCUCCUUGCAGGAUCUCGUGCUCCGAGUAAAGAUUUGCAAACUGGGAGAAGUAGAGCAAACACUUUUGGAGGCUCUUGACCCGCCGUCGUCCAAAAAUAUUCGUCGCGCCAUUGAUUCCCUCAAGGAAGUCAAAGCUCUCACAAGCAAUGAAAGCUUAACAUCUCUUGGAACGCAACUGGCCAAGUUACCUCUCGAUGUGUUUCUAGGCAAAAUGAUCAUUCAUGGAGCCUUCUUCCGCUGCUUGGACGCGACCGUCAGUAUUGCAGCUAUUCUAUCGUCCAAGUCUCCAUUCGUGAACGCAAUUGGAUCGAACUCUCAGCGUGACGGAGCACGGUUGACUUUCCAAAGAGGCGACUCGGAUCUCUUGACUGUUUACAACGCCUACUGUAGUUGGAGGCGCAUUCGCAGCACCCCAGGGUCCAACGAGUUUGCCUUCUGUCGAAAAAACUUCCUCAGCCCGCAGACACUGCUCGGCAUCGAGGAUGUCAAGAUGCAAUUGGUGGUGUCAAUUGCCGACGCAGGGCUUCUCACCCUCGAUGCCGCGCAAAAGGCAGCUCUCAACAGGGCACGCUCCAACAGUCGAAAUCGCCAGUUCUUCAUCAUCCCCGAAGAAUUCGAUAUCAACAGCAACAACGACGUUGUGAUCAACUCCGUCAUCGCCUGGAGUUUCUACCCGAAGCUCCUAACACGCGAAGGCAAGGGCUGGCGCAACGUCAGCAAUAACCAAACUGUAACAUUGCACCCGACAUCGGUAAACAAGCGAGCAGACCAUUCAGUCAAGUGGCUGUCAUACUACCACAUCAUGCAAGCACGAAACCGCAACCUCAACGCCCACGACACCAGUGCAGUCGAUGACUUCGCCAUCGCACUACUCUGUGGUGAUGCCGAGUUCAAGCUGUACUCCGGUGUCAUUUCUAUUGAUGCGAACCGUAUCCGAUUUGCCGUGCGUGACUGGAAGUCUAUGCUGGCAUUGAAAAUCCUUCAUAACCGCUUGCGAGAGAUUCUCUCGAAUACCUUCCGCAAUCCCCACCGUCCUCUGUCUUACAAGCAGCAGCAGUGGGUUGAUAUCUGGCAACAAAUCUUUACUCAGGCUGGUAAGCGAUGA